CCCCCCCCCCCCCCGGGCAAUCUACCACGUUUCCCCCGCCCACUUGGGAUCUGGGGACAAUGGAGCCUUUGGAGCCCGUUGUGGGAUCGAUUGAUCAGGGCACCACCAGCUCCAGAUUUCUGAUUUUUAACCGGGAUGGAGAGCCUGUUGCAUCGCACCAGGUGGAGUUUACUCAAAUAUACCCAAACCCAGGAUGGUAUGAACACGAUCCACUAGAGCUCGUGUCUUCCGUCGAAACAUGCGUCGAAGAAGCCGUCAAACAGUUCGAAGCAAAAGGGUAUGAUCGACAAAGCAUCAAGGCGGUAGGAAUUACCAACCAACGAGAAACAACAGUUGUUUGGGACUACGAGACCGGAGAGCCAUUAUACAAUGCGAUUGUCUGGACAGAUACCCGCUCCCAAGCUAUUGUUGGCGAGCUGAAAGCAAAGCCGGAAGCAUCCCAGCUGCAGCGGAUAUGCGGGUUGCCGCUUUCGACUUAUUCUUCUGCCUCGAAGCUCCUGUGGAUGCUGACACAUGUUCCAAAGGUCAAAGAGGCCUAUGAAAAGGGCACUCUAGCGUUUGGCACUGUAGAUGCAUGGCUUGUCUACCGGUUGAACGGUGGAAGCAGAGCGAACGUGUUUGUGUCGGAUCCCACCAACGCAUCACGAACGAUGUUCAUGAAUCUGGAAACUCUCCACUAUGAUAAUUUCCUGCUUGACUUUUUUGGAAUUAAGGGCAGGAUCCAUCUACCGAAGAUUGUUCCCUCUUCAGAUGUGACAGCAUAUGGAACUCUUUCUACUGGAUGUCUUGCAGGCGUCCCUAUUAUGGGGUGUCUAGGCGACCAGUCUUCUGCCCUGGUCGGUCAAAAAGGCUUUUCUCCCGGAAUGGCCAAAAAUACCUAUGGAACCGGAUGCUUCUUGUUAUACAACGUUGGAGAGAAGCCGGUUAUUUCGAAACAUGGCCUUCUCGCUACUAUCGCCUAUCAUUUCGAUGGCCGACCGGUCUACGCUCUCGAGGGCAGCAUCGCUGUCGGCGGAUCGGGAAUCAAAUAUCUCCAGAAUAACCUCGAGUUCUUCGAAGAAUCUAAAGAGGUCAACGAGCUUGCUCUAACGGUAGAAGACAACGGAGGGUGUGUCUUUGUGACUGCGUUUAGCGGUCUAUACGCUCCUUAUUGGAUUGAUGAUGCUAAGGGGACAAUCUUUGGAAUAACUCAAUACACACAAAAAGGCCACAUUGCGCGAGCAACGCUAGAGGCAACCUGCUUCCAAACAAAAGCUAUCCUCGACGCGAUGGAAAAAGACAGCGGUCACGCUUUGUCCGAGCUUGCUGUCGACGGAGGAAUGAGCAACUCCGAUCUAGCGAUGCAGAUUCAAGCAGACAUAAUCUCGAUCCCUGUGUACCGUCCUAAAAUGCGCGAGACCACUGCUCUAGGCGCUGCGAUUGCCGCAGGGCUCGCCGUCGGCCUGUGGCGCAAUUUCGCCGAAUUGCGCGAUAUAAACCGCGCAGGAGGCACAGUUUUCCGUUCCCAGAUGAGCAAAGAGAAGAGCGGCGAGUUGUUUGCUAUUUGGGAGAAGGCCGUUGAUAUGUCUCGGGGAUGGGUUGGUAAUAAGUCUCGUCUUAUCGAGAAGGAAAGGGAAAGCAAGAUCACGAAAGAUGAACCUGUGGCUGACAGGCUGACCAAUGGGGUACCAACGACAACAACGACAACAACGUUGAAAGUUGUCCCAUCCGUAAAAGCUCAUGUUAAGACGGAUGGAGAGAUUGUGUUGGCGAAGCCCGCGCCGUGGGUGAAUCUCGCUGGGAACUUGGAUGAAGCAGACGAGGGAGAUCUUUAUUUGGAGCUGAGGAAGAUAGAGAUUCUACAGAGAUUGAAGAAGAUGGGGAAGGUCAAGCUUACUUAUUUUUAACCUCCUUUUUUUUUUUCCCUCGAGAGCCUGAUGUGGUGAUGUAUUUAUUACCUCCGAGUUAUAUAUAUACUUAACGAUAUAUAUUAAUGUCCAAA